AAACAGAACAAAGUUUGUUUUAUCCAGUCACACUCACAGUCACCGAGACAAACAUACAAAGAUGAAUGAAUGAAUAAUGAUGCACAUUGCGCACCCCUCACUCAAACAUUCUUCAUUCCUAUGUACUUCUCCCUCACAAUCACAACCCCUUAAAGCUUAAAUAAUUACACCCUUUACUUUCACUAAUCAACACUUAUCUGAACUAAUCUCGUCUUAAUCACUUCGGAAAAAGUAAGUGUAGAUCUCGAUCUCCGAUGCCGUCACGGUGGCAGUUAUUACUUCUCUUCUUACUCUCAACAACAGUCACAUCCACAAUGCCGGUUCAAACCACCUUUUCUGUAAAGCUGUUUCACCGAUUCUCCGAAGAAAUGAAACCGGUUCAGGUUCAAACCGGUGACUGGCCAGACCGGCGCACCUUGCACUACCACGAAAAGCUUCUUAGAAACGAUUUUCUCAGACACAAGAUCAACCUCGGUGGUGCUCGCCACAAGCUUCUGUUUCCUUCUCAAGGUAGCAAAACGAUGUCGUUUGGAAAUGACUUUGGCUGGUUACAUUACACGUGGAUUGAUAUAGGAACACCGAGUACUUCGUUUCUUGUUGCGUUGGAUGCUGGGAGUGAUCUUCUUUGGGUUCCUUGUGAUUGUAUACACUGUGCUCCUUUGUCUGCCAGUUUCUAUUCCAAUUUGGUGCUCCUUCACAUAUGGGGCAUUUAUUAUGCAGGAUAGAGAUCUGAAUGAGUAUAGUCCCUCUCGUUCGUUAUCCAGCAAGCAUCUAUCAUGCAGCCACCGGUUGUGUGAUAUGGGUUCAAAUUGUAAAACCUCGAAGCAACAGCAGUGUCCGUACACGAUUAAUUACUUAUCAGAUAAUACAUCAAGUUCUGGAUUGUUAGUUGAGGAUAUAUUUCAUCUUCAAUCCGGCGAUGGCAGCACAUCUAACUCUUCUGUUCAGGCUCCAGUUGUUGUCGGGUGUGGUAUGAAGCAAAGUGGCGGUUAUUUGGAUGGCACUGCUCCGGAUGGUCUCAUUGGUUUAGGACCUGGGGAGAGUUCAGUUCCAAGUUUUCUUGCUAAAUCAGGAUUAAUUCGUGAUUCUUUUUCGUUGUGCUUUAAUGAAGAUGAUUCUGGUAGAUUAUUUUUUGGUGACCAGGGAUCAACCGUGCAACAGUCUACUCCAUUCUUGCUCGUGGAUGGAAUGUUUUCAACCUACAUUGUUGGAGUGGAGACCUGUUGUAUUGGGAACUCUUGUCCUAAAGUAACAAGUUUUAAUGCUCAGUUUGACAGUGGAACAUCAUUUACGUUUCUUCCUGGUCAUGCAUAUGGAGCAAUAGCUGAGGAGUUUGACAAACAAGUAAAUGCUACAAGAUCUACCUUUCAAGGAUCUCCUUGGGAGUAUUGUUAUGUACCCAGCAGUUCGCAACAGCUGCCUAAGAUUCCCACAUUGACACUCAUGUUCCAACAGAACAACAGUUUUGUGGUCUAUAAUCCCGUGUUUGUAUCUUACAAUGAGCAGGGAGUUGAUGGAUUUUGUUUGGCAAUACAGCCAACUGAAGGGGGUAUGGGAACAAUUGGACAAAAUUUCAUGACGGGAUACCGGUUGGUAUUUGAUAGGGAAAACAAGAAGCUAGCAUGGUCACACUCCAAUUGUCAGGAUCUCAGUCUAGGUAAGAGGAUGCCCCUCUCCCCUCCGAAUGGGACAUCGUCAAGUCAGCUGCCUGCAGAUGAGCAGCAAAGAACCAAAGGGCAUGCAGUUGCUCCAGCUGUUGCUGUAAGGGCUCCUCAAAAACCUUCAGUUGCUUCAUCUCAGACAUCUUAUAUGAUUUCAUACUGGCGACAUUGGCACUGCCAUUGGUUGCUUCUAUUUCAUCUUCUGUCGGUCUUUUACUAAACAUUUUCAUGUUCUCAUUAUUUAUAGUAGCCUGCCUAAAAAGCGUUACAUGUGUAUCUAAAUCUGUCUGUUUUGGCCUUAGGUUUGUAAGUAAUUUAGUUCUUACUCCAUUUAAUGCUGCCUGUUAUUUUUAACCUUGUCAGCAUUAAAUUCCUAGAACUCAUAAUGAAACAUUUGUACCUUAACCCCCAUUCUAGGUUGGGUGAGGUUAUGUAAAUUAAUUUGCUGGGUAUGAAGAUUUUUCCUUGUUAACAUUUUGAAUUCA